UCGCACACAACCCACGUGAUACCGGAAGUUCAAGGUCGUUGUGGCCUAUAAAUUGGCGGGCCUCCCAGUGCCCAGUCUCUCACUAGCUCCACACGGCCGCCGGCUCAAUCUACCGAAGACGUUAUAAAGAGAAACUAGUUAUUCUUUGUCACCAUGUCUAAACCACAAUACAAAGUUGCUGACAUCAGCUUGGCUGAGUGGGGACGCAAAGCGAUUGAAAUCGCACAAAACGAGAUGCCAGGGUUGAUGAUGAUGCGAAAAGUUUACGGACCUCAAAAACCACUGAAGGGUGCCCGCAUUGCCGGAUGCCUGCACAUGACAGUUCAAACAGCCGUCCUCAUCGAAACGCUCAAGGAACUUGGAGCUGAGGUGCAGUGGUCCAGCUGCAAUAUUUUUUCUACUCAGGACUUUGCAGCUGCAGCCAUAGCUAAAACAGGAGUCCCAGUCUAUGCUUGGAAGGGUGAGACAGAUGAAGAAUAUAUAUGGUGUAUUGAGCAGACAUUGAUCUUCCCAGAUGGUCAGCCUCUUAAUAUGAUUUUGGAUGAUGGAGGAGAUCUGACAAACCUAGUUCAUGAGAAGUUUCCUCAGUAUUUGCCUGGCAUUAAAGGCAUUUCAGAGGAGACAACCACGGGUGUUCACAACCUGUACCGCAUGUUGAAAAAUGGAAAGUUGAAGGUCCCUUGUAUUAAUGUCAAUGACUCAGUUACCAAGAGUAAAUUUGACAAUUUGUAUGGAUGUCGUGAAUCACUAGUGGAUGGUAUCAAACGUGCAACUGAUGUAAUGUUGGCGGGUAAAGUAGCAGUAGUGGCUGGCUAUGGUGAUGUGGGCAAAGGAUGUGCACAAGCCUUAAGAGCAUUUGGUGCCCGCGUCAUUAUCGCAGAAAUUGACCCCAUCAAUGCUCUGCAGGCAGCCAUGGAGGGCUACCAGGUCACCACCAUUGAGGAGACUCUCUCCUCUGCCAGAAUCUAUGUCACUGCAACAGGCUGCAAAGGCAUCUUAAGACCUCAGCAUUUUGAACAGAUGCUGGAAGACACAAUUGUGUGCAAUAUUGGCCAUUUUGAUUGUGAAGUAGAUGUCAAGUAUCUUAAUGAUACUUGUGUGAAGAAGGAAACAAUCAAACCUCAGGUGGACCGCUACACAUUAAAAAAUGGCCGUCAUCUGAUUUUGCUAGCUGAGGGUCGCCUUGUUAACCUGGGCUGUGCCCAUGGACAUCCCAGCUUUGUUAUGAGCAACUCCUUUACUAAUCAGGUUCUGGCCCAGAUUGAGCUGUGGACGAAAACAUAUGACCUUGGUGUCCAUAUGCUACCCAAAAAGCUGGAUGAGGAAGUAGCAGCUCUGCAUCUGAACCAUUUGGGUGUGAAGCUGACCAAACUGGAUGAGGAACAGGCAGCAUAUCUUGGUGUGCCAUGUGAUGGCCCCUACAAGCCCGACCACUAUCGAUACUAGUCUAGUAUUAUGCUGUAUCCCUGUUCAUGGUGUAGACAUGCUUUAGUCGAACGCUGUAAGUGCACCAAAAUCCUGAGACAGCAAUGCUUAGAUUGCUGUAUCUGUUUGUAUGGUUAUGACUGAACAGAUGUUUCAUGCAGUGUGUACAAUUCUGCGGGUGCAUGCCAUGGUCUGAAGUAUGCGAAGGUCAUCAUUGCUUUAGCAUUGUGAACAUUCAAGCAGAUUUUAUUAUUGGUGCUGCACAUUUUAUAUUACUGGCAAAAGUAAUAUAUGCAUAUACCAAGAAAAAUGUUAUACAUUUUGUGCUUGAACUGUGGGCAUAUAAUAAGUCAUAAAAGAUGCAUGACCCCUGAUCUCUGAAGUGCUUGUAUUCACUGGCAUGCCUGAAUUACAGGUUUUUGCAAAUCAAGAAUUCACACAUUAAUCUGUGUGAUGUCAUCUGGCCUCGUCCUUAUCACACAUGAUUGUGAAAAUGAAUGAAAAAUAAAUUUUGAUAAAACUGGU